CAUCCGUAAGUGUUCUGAUGGUAGUGGCAUGGUAGCGUCGAGCACGUUGCAGUGCUAACUUAUUCCAUACUGGUUUCGGUUACGUUAGCAAAACCACAUUGUUCCCGUACUGUUUUUUCCCUUCAUCAAUUCAAUAUAGUUCAGAUUUUCUGGCUGCUCUGCAUACGAUUCAGUGGUGUACCGAUUUUAUUUUACCUUUUUUCUUCUCUUUCGUCAUUUUCUAUUCAUUUCACUCACAUUUUAAAUCGUACCUGUCAAUUUAUGGAGAAAAAAAAAACUUGGUAAAAAUUUAGCAAGAAUAAAACCAAAAAUUUAAAACCGAAUCAAUUCAUAAACGAGUGCGGAACGUUUGUACACCGGCAGAUAAUUACCGGAUUUGGUGAUAUGAUUUAAUUAAUUGUGAUUUAUUUGACCGUCAAUUGUUUUGUGUUUUCGUUCUCAAUCCCCGUGUGUAUAUGAAUAUGUGUCAGAUGUGAAUAUCGGAAUGCAAGAUAGCACCGAAUUCAAACAACUAACAUCAAAAGUGCCAGGUAUGGAUAAAACCAAUAGAGAAAAAAUCACGCGAUAUUUUCAAUUAAAUGAAUGAAUUGUGUGAGUGAGUGAGUGUGUGUGUCUGUGUGUGUAUCGUCUCUUAUCAUUUGGUUCUAUUUCGCGAAUUUGUAGAACGACGAAGGUCUGAUGAAAUCGCAUAUCACCAUUGAAUCAGCUCAACUGAACACUGAGUAUUGGCUAUUUGGAUAUUAAUUACCGUUUCAAAUUCGCUCGGUUUCUUUUUUUUUCGUUUUCGAGAAUAAUGAAAAUCAUUACGAUUAAAUUUACAGUUAAAUGGAACAUGUGUCGACCAUGCUUCUUACACUUAUCGAACAAAUUAUUGAAUAUUCAAUGAAGUUUUUCAUUUAUCUGAUGCCAAAAUAUUCGAUUCGAUUUUUUUUUGUCUAGCUUUUCUGCAAACACGUUAGUUUCGCUGGGGAAAGUAUCGGUUUUACUGGACAACUCUGUCUGUGUGUGUUUGAAAUAUCUGGGAAAUUUCGAUUUUGUCCUUAACAAAAAUAAAGAAAAUGGGAAAGAGAAGCGAUGUUUUGAUGCAUGAUUUUUUUUCUCUUUUAAGUGCUUAUUCACAAUACCAAUUUAUUAAAUAGUAUUUAUACGGUUUUCUAAUUUUACAUAAAAUAGGUACGUUUUGAGUUCAAAUAUUGAGGUCUUAUUACGAUAAAACUCAAUUUCCGCCGUGACUAUAUUCGACCGUAGAUACAGUUUUUGAUGUUUAUGUUUUUAUUUUUAAAAAAUCCUGGAUAAAAUGAUUGAUAAUGUGUGUGAUUCAUACUUGCGACGUUUUAUACAACAACAAAAAAUCAGAUAUAACGAACUCAAAACGAGUACCCAAAAAAUGACCAAAUAUCAUAUGUUGGAACACACACACACACACACACAAUUUUUGUAACACUUGCGGAUACGUUUGGAUUACGUAUGCAAUUCGUUUUAUUUGUUUAAAAUUUGGUGAAUUUGGGUUUUAAUUGCAUUUAGUCAAACUAAUUUAUGGGUAUUUAAAACAAAAAUUGUCAUCACUGGAUACAGUUGAUUCGGUCUCCUCGAGCAGAAAAUAAUAAAUUAAACGAUAAUUUUGUCUCAAAAUUCGGUUCGAAAAAUUUCGUAUGCAUACAUGAAUGCGAACCAUGUGUGAAUGCUACUGUGUUGUUCCAAUGCUAUGACACUUUUAUCACUCUCUCCCCUUCUGCCUCACGUAUGAGUUUAAUUCACAAACAAGAGCAUUAUUUUUAACAGCAAUUGCGACACAAGCAAAAUACGCACACUGAUUGCGUAUAUUUGGAAUAUGACAAAUACUUCUUUUUUUUGCUUUUUGAACGUAGUGGAGCUGAAAAACACGAAAAGUGCUAAAUUUACCAGCUCACCACCACGACAAACAACAACAAAUGUACAAAAUAAAAACAAACAAAUCGCAUCGAGUGUCGCGUUGAUGUGUGCAGUGCAUUCAAUAAAUAUGCGCCCGAGAGUUUGCGCUUGUCGAAAAAGCAGAAGAGUUUCAAACAUAUUUAUUGUUUAGCUAGAUGAUAAUAUUACGACGCGUAAAUCCAUACAAAUUGACGUUGACAAUCUCUAAAUUGUCCUAUUUAAAAUGACAAUAACCCGAUUUUCUUCGGACGGGCGAGAGAUAAUGUUGUUGUUACUGCUGCUGUGGCUGUUACUGCUGCUGCUUUGUUUUGUUUCAAAUCGUGCGAAAUAAGCAAAUUGCUUGCAUAAAUACAUAACUUCUUGAAAUGAAUGAAAAUCGGAUGAACAGUUCAUUGAACACAUCCAUAUGAUGAGUACAAAAAAUGUGUUCCCAUACACAAAGGAGCCGAAAUUAAAUAAUGUUUUUCAAUGGUUUUCAUUCCAUCGCGCAAUGGUUUGUAAAAUAGUGAUUUAUGUAUAUGACUAGAUAGAUGAACGAGAUCGAGAUGGUAAAUGUCAAUUCGAUUCAUGAUUUCGUUCCCAGCACAUAUAAUAGAAAAGUUCAUUUUGAAGCGAUUUGCACGAAAACACAUCGAUUUCGGUUACAUAAAGAGAACACGGCCAUUGUCUUUAGUCUAAACGAAUCAGUUGACAGAAACGUGGAAUAAUCUCGAUCAGAUGAAUAUUCGAAGAUAAAUGUUUAUGCUAAACUGUGUUUCACAUUUUUGUGUUUAUCCAUUGUCACUAUCACACACCCAUACAUUGCUCAAAUCCCGCAAAGUUCAACAGAUGAAUGUUCAACUAAUACACCCUUGUACGGUACACAGUUCAUAGUUUAUUAUCACACAAUAUGUGUAGAGAUCUCCCUCCUGUUGAUUUGUCGAUCCAAAUGCCUAGUUCAACGAUGAGAGAAGUGGCUUAUUAAAUGAAAUUCAUCUUCGCCUCAAGUUCCAUGUCCACACAUGUAUACACAACAUUAACGAUAACGACAAUAACACCAUCCAAAUGCUUAUCGAAUAGGCAGUCUAAAUCAAGACAAACUGCACUUUGAAUCAUUUACGCCGCGAUCUCAAUCUGAGCUGAUGAUCAUGUUAUCCGCCACAAAACUACUACACUUAUAUCCAUUCAUCUUCUUCCUGGCUACUCUCUACUACUAACUUUAGAUAAAUAUUUCCAAUAUGUGACAGUGCGCGCAACAACAACCAUAGCAACAGUCACUGAAGUGGGCAUAAAACGCAUUCAACUCUCAAACCAACCGAACUCUCGGUGAUGAUCAACAAUAUUAUAAGAUUCGUUCGCGCAAGUACAGUGAUUUUUUUUCUUUAUUGGAGUACAUAACACAUUGUUCCUCAAACCGAUCGUACAACAAUCGUUGAUACGCAACACUUUUCGGUUGAUCUAUUUGCGACGUGUUCAAAGUGUAUAAAAUCAAAUUAGUACGCGAUUGAAAGAAGGAAGAACAAAAGAACGACAACAUUUAUUUCGAUAUUAUUAGAGUGUUAGAACGAGAGCGUGUGGGGGGGCAUUUAUCAACAUGGCACGAGUAUCAGCAUCAGAAAGUGCUGUAGCACCAAAAACUGGAUUCAGCGAAUCCGAUCAAAGCAAAAAGAUAACACAGACGGAAUCGAGCGGUGACGAUGUCCAAUUGAAAAAGGAGCUUGGCUUAUUAGAUGGCGUCGCCAUUAUUGUUGGCGUCAUCAUUGGCGCUGGCAUUUUUGUAUCACCAAAAGGAGUUCUUCUAUAUUCCGGAUCCAUUGGACAAGCGAUCAUUGUGUGGAUCCUUUCGGGUAUUUUAAGUAUGGUUGGCGCUUUGUGUUACGCCGAAUUGGGCACAAUGAUUCCAAAGUCUGGUGGUGAUUACGCGUAUAUUGGUGCAGCAUUUGGUCCAUUGCCGGCGUUUUUGUACCUGUGGGUGGCUCUACUCAUCUUAGUUCCAACGGGAAAUGCAAUUACAGCUCUAACAUUUGCCCAGUAUUUACUGCAGCCAUUCUGGCCAACCUGCGAUGCUCCCAUUGAAGCUGUUCGUUUAUUUGCCGCCGUCAUUACUUGUGUUUUAACUGUAAUUAAUUGCUAUAAUGUUAAGUGGGUGACUCGUGUAACGGAUACUUUUACUGCAACCAAAAUCCUAGCUUUGCUAUUGAUCGUUGCAUUCGGUGUGUGGCAUUUAUUCAAAGGCAAUACCGGAUACUUUGAGGAGCCGAUGAAGGGAUCGAAAACCGAACCCGGCUACAUUGCAUUGGCCUUUUACAGUGGCUUAUUCUCUUAUUCCGGAUGGAAUUAUUUGAACUUUGUCACCGAAGAGUUAAGAGAUCCAUACAAAAAUUUGCCACGUGCUAUUUGCAUCAGUAUGCCAGUGGUGACGAUAGUUUAUGUGAUAACGAAUAUUGCGUAUUUUGCUGUUUUAUCGUCGGAAGAAGUUCUCGCGUCUGAUGCAGUGGCGGUAACAUUUGCAAAUAAGAUGAUGGGUAUGUUUGCAUGGGUGAUGCCAUUAUUUGUGGCAUGUUCAACGUUUGGUUCAUUGAAUGGUGCGAUAUUUGCAUCGUCUCGUCUAUUUUUCGUUGGAGCACGUAAUGGUCAUUUGCCGGCUGCCAUUUCAUUGAUCAAUGUCAAUUGUUUGACACCAAUCCCAUCACUGAUAUUCAUGUGCGUUCUCACAUUGGUUCUAUUAUUCAUUCGCGAUGUAUACAUGCUCAUUAAUUACGUAUCAUAUGUGGAAGCAUUGUUCACAUUGAUCUCCAUAUCGGGACUGUUGUGGAUGCGUCAAACCAAUCCGGAUGCCAAACGGCCGAUCAAAGUGAACAUUUUAGUGCCAUUGACUUACAUGCUCACGUGUAGUUUUCUUGUUAUAUCGUCGAUUUAUCAAGAACCAUUCGCCGUUGGAAUUGCAUCACUCAUCAUCCUAUCUGGUAUUCCCGUUUAUUAUGUUACAAUACAUCGUCCCAUUCCAUUGCUAACCAGCAUCUCGCAUAACAUUAACAUGUUUUGUGCGAAACUGUUCAUGUGUGUUGCCAAUCAAGAGAAAUUUGACUAAAAAAAACAAAUUCACACCUCCUCACCACGCUACCUUUCGGCUCAACGAAUCGCUAUUUAAUGCGAUCGCAGAUCAUUAGAAAAAAAUAUUAUUAUUAUUAAGUUGUAAGUGAAUUGUACGCCAACAGGGGAAUACAAUAUUAUAAUGAUAAUUGUAACGAUAAAUUGUAUAAAUAAAUGUAUUUUCAAAUCAGAUUGAAGCAACUCAACUUCGAUUAUGAAUAUUAAAUAUUCUCAAGACAAAGAAAAAUCGUUAAAUUUAUAAGAUGCCAAAAGUGUAAUUGAUAAAUUCAUUUGUUUUUUGCCUUUGUGCCUAAGAAUAUGAAUUUUUACCGAAUGAAAAAAAUGAAGAAGAAAAAAAUCGAUUUUGUAAGUGAAAAUAUCAAAAUACAUUUUGUUUAUAAUAAUCAAA